UGAGGCAGCUCUACCAGGAAACAAACAGCUACGAAAAAAAGGCUAAAUAGUCGCUAUCCUCCUACUGCUCUCUUGUUUUCAGCGAUGUAGAGAAAAGAGGCUGAGCUGCUCUUAAAUAAAACAGCAGGACCCAUGACCCUGACACGAGGAUCCUUCACUUACUCCAAUGGCGAGGAGUACCACGGGGAAUGGAAAGAAGGUCUCCGUCAUGGCCUGGGUCAGUUGACCUUCAGCGACGGGACGUGCUACACUGGACAGUUUGAAAACGGCCUCUUCAAUGGUUGUGGGGUGCUGGUCUUUCCUGACGGUUCCAGGUAUGAAGGGGAAUUUGUGCAGGGGAAGUUUCAAGGUGUCGGCGUCUUCACUCGCUUUGAUGGCAUGAAGUUUGAGGGCGAAUUUAAAAGUGGCUGUGUGGAUGGCUAUGGAGUGCUGGCGUUUGUGGACGGAGGCCCCGGAGGAGGAGGAGGCACCCACGAGGGUCUGUUUGAGACCAGCCAGCUGAUGAAGAGAGAGAACAGCCAGGGAGCCGUGCAGCGGGCGCAGGCGGCAGCUGCCAAGGCCCGAGCUCUGGCCAUGUGACGUGGACUACAUCACCCACAGUGCCCCAGUACCAGAAUCAUCCUCCCAACACUACCCCCUUGAAAUUUCACAGAUGCAUGUUUUAUGUCGUCUCACGUGGGGCCACGUCCCCGUUUUAGCACCUUUAAACACUGCAAAAACAUUUGGAAACUGAGACUCGCUGAUGUCACGAAGCCAAAAAGUCACUUUGUGUUGUUGUUUCUGGUGAAUUGUUGUUAAGAUGAUGAUGUCAUGGAAACAAAAGAUGAAUAGCGUUUGGUAUUUUAGAUGGAAGUGAAUCCACAGACAAAACAAUAAAGAAAAUGCAUG